GGGUGGAGAUUGGGAUUUAAGUUGGGAACUCUGAGAUCUCUGGGUUGGGGAGAGGUAUUACGGUGAAAUAUUGGGUGCGUUGGUGAGCUCAAUCCUGAACUGAGGAGAGAUAAUUGCAGGGGAUAGAUUGGGUGAGAUUUUGUCAUGGAAAGUACUUGGAAAUUUGGGGAGAAGAAUUGGAAUAAAAUUGUGGUGAGAUAUCUAAGGGAUUGGGGUGUGCUAUGGUGGAAAAGAUAGUGUGAAUUUAAGUCAGCUCACUCUGAGGGGUGAUGUCUGAGAUCACCUGGGUUUAGAGGUAAUAUAUUAAUUUGAGGAUUGGCUAACCAACAGAAAGCAAAGUUUCAGGAGAAAUAAGUCUCUUUCUGGGUGGCAAGCUGUAACUGAUGAAUGCCACACAGUUUGGUCUUUGGGCCUUAACUAUUUAUGGUCUAUUAUUGACUGGAUGCAGGAAUAAAAUAUAGCCAAGUUUGCAGAUGACAUUAAAAUAGAUUGUUGAUGUAGAAGUCAGUAGAGAUGAAAAAGGCCGAAAGAUCCCAGAAUAUCUGAUUCAUUUUAAUGGUUGGAACAGAAGUGUGUUAAUUGAGAGAAACAAAAAUGAUGCCACUGGGCCUGAAAUUUCACCUGGAGAAUAAUUAGAAGCUGGGAUAGAUGGGCAGCAGAAGAUCAUGUACUUCGUGACACAGAUGAAAAUCGCAGAUUACAGCGUAAAUUGGCCAAGAAAGCUGUGGCUCGCAUGUAAGAAUAAUUUACGUGAUGAAAAACAAAGGGAAAAAGAAGCGUCGUUGCCGGCUACCUGGUGUUGACUCAGUGCUGAAAAGUCUCCCUGCGGAUGAAAAGGAAGACAAUGAUGAAAACUCUUUAAGUGCUACUUCUAACGAUGAGGUCGAUGAUGACGACGAUGAUGACAAUGAUAUAGAUGGCACAGAUGACGAAUCAUUAGAGUGUGAAGAUGACAGUGAACCAGAAGAAAUAAUAGAUAUGAAGGAUGAUCAAGAGACUUGUUCUAAAAAGGAAAUGGAAGAGAAAACCAUAAAUAUAGAAAUUCCAGACAUUUUGAAAAAGAAACUUGAGGAUGAUUGCUAUUACAUCAACAAAAGAAAAAAGUUGGUGAAGCUUCCAUGUCAGACGAAUAUUAUUAAUAUUUUGGAAUCCUAUGUGAAACAUUUUGCAAUUAAUGCAGCCUUUUCAGCCAAUGAAAGGUGUCGUCAUCAUCAGAGUAAUUCACAGAUUCCAAUGAAUCCUCAUUACAUUCCACCUGAGAAAAAUGUUGAACUUUGUAAAGAAAUGGUGGAUGGUUUAAGAAUCACAUUUGACUUUACACUACCCAUGAUUUUGCUCUACCAGUAUGAACAUGCUCAGUUCAAGAAGGUCACUUCAUCUAAGUUCUUUGUUCCAAUCAAGGAAACCCUGUCAAAUGUUAGGAAUACUUGGAAUGAAAAUUUUUGCAAAAUGGCAAUAAUGGAGGCAAGAUUACCGCCUUUUCAUGAGAGAUUGAGAGGAGCAUGGGCUGGACCUCAAAAGGAACAUUCACCAAGUCCUCCUCCUCUUUUGAACCCGUCAACACCACAAUCCACAGAUAGUCAGCCGUUGUCGGGAGAUCCUGCAACACCAAAGAGACGGAAAAUUGAUCCUGAAUCUGUUCAAUCAUUGAGGCGAUCAGCACGGCAUGCAUCAGGGUGUGACAGGCUGUCUGAAAGCAGUGCCUCCCCACAGUCAAAGCGCCGCUUUUAUGAACCUGCCCAAAUGCCCAGACUGCUUUUACACUUGGAGAAAAAAACACCAGUCCACAGUGGCUCUUCCUCUCCUGUCACCCUCACACCUAGUAAAGAAGGGGUUACAGUGUUUGACUGCAGGAGGAGUAAUGAACUGAAUGAGGUUUUGUCUUGGAAAAUGAUGCCAGAUAAUUAUCCACUGAUUGAACAGCCUCCUGCACCCUCUUAUAUCUAUGGAGCUCACCACCUUUUGCGACUGUUUGUGAAGCUACCAGAGUUGUUGGGAAAAAUGCAAAUUACUGACCGGAAUUUGAAGGUCUUGGUAAAGCACCUUGAGCUGUUCCUUAGGUUUUUGGCUGAAUACCAAGAGGACUUCUUUUCAGAAUCUGCUUAUGUAGCUGCAUCUGAAGCUUACUAUUGUACAAAACGUCCUCAGGCCAUCUACUGAAGCAUUAGCAGAGCUGUGAACUUGUACUCACUUGUAACACAGUGGUUAUUAUUCAAAAGGAAUGUAAAUUAGCAUCUUCAGCUGAGAACAAAAGGGCACUUCUGUCCUCCUAAGAAGUGCUGCCUGCUGGAAAUCUAUUAACAUUGUGGAGAUGGACCACUUUUGAACUCUGCUGUUUCCGCCUUCAACUUUUCAUCUUCUCGAAGCUGUGUGCACUCCUGUUCUUCUGUGGUUGUGUCAAGUUGAUUAUGAAAGCAAUGACUGUGUGCAGCCAUAAAUUUCAGGAGACUGCAGUGCCUUCUGAAGGACAGACUGCAUUUUUUGAACAGGUCUUGGUUCUGUAUAAAUUAUUUUUGGAUGUCCAUCUUGAAGUAGUGGGAAGCCAUGUUUUAGAGAUGUUCUGUGUUGUUCCAAGUUAAGUAAAGGCUUGUAUAAUUUUCAGUAGUGCUUGCUUACCAAUUGGAAAAUACAUUUUAUGUGCUAUCAUAAUACUUUGUUUUAUUGAUGGUUAUAUCCCUGUUGAAAACAAAAAGUUCAGUCAUACAGUUUUUGAGAGUGUUAUUUCAUGCAGUGGACCAGCAUCUGUAAUCAUCUUGGGUUAAACUCCAGUGACUGUGUGGUAAAAGUUGGGACCACAAUUCCUUUUUUUGAGCAGGAGAACAAGCCGACUCUAAGUUGCUUUUGUGUUACUGCGUAAUGAUUGAAAAUAUAAAGCUGUGGCAGAGUGAAAAGUCUUUCUCUUCUCUAGAUGAAACAUAGUGGUGAUACAUUCCUCCAUCUACUAUCCCAUCCAAAACUGUGACUCUUCACCAUUGUAAACUCAUUUCAAACUAGCAUUUCACAUUCAGCAGGAAAUCUGAUUGUUUGUUUAAUAUAUUUAAUUUCUAAAACAUGGUUAUUAUAGUAUCUAGUUGAGAAAAUUUAUAGUGGUAUCAAUGAUUGAUCAGUUUUUAGGACCAAACUUAGCUAUUGACGACCGUCUCAAUGUAUCUAAUUUCACAUGAAAAAUACUGGUUGAGUUUUAGGUAAAAAAAUUCAUGUUCUUUGAGUAAAAGACCUCUUGGUCAGAAUUUUGGGCUUACUAAGGAAGAAAAACCACAAAUCAUCUGAAACAGAAAAUGUAUUCAAGUUGUAAUAAUAACUGGGUUUGCUAUCCUUAACUGCCGAAUAUAUCCUUAGAAGGCCUAUUCUUAGCUUAGUCAUAAGGAGACGUUAAAUCUGGAUAAACAGAAUUCACUGGCAUAUCAAUAGAGGUUACUUAGGAAGCCUUGUACCAAGAGAGCAUUUUACCAGAUCAGAUCUCAUCCAUCUCCAUUUGAACUUUAUUCCUCUUGCUGCGGUCUCUCACUCUAUAAUGGAAAAUUCAAGACACUUUUACAAAAAUAAAACUUAAUGUGUUCAUAAGCAGCAAAAUAUUAGGAAAGCAAUGUCCAUUUAUGUGGAAACUUUACUGUAAUGCAGUGUCCAAGGGAAGAAGUAUCAAGAGAAUUUGUUACCAACCUACUCAGAGAUAUUGGAUAGGAAACCAAAACCCUUCCAUGUUUCUAAGGAGCAGCUGAAGUUAAGCACUGGUGCAAGGUUUUAUGGAGAGAGAGAGAGAGCAGAGAUUUAUCUAAGGCACUGUACUCUUUAGGUAUUUAGUGCAAUAUUGCAAUCAUUCCAAGGAGGUGGACUAAUUGGUGUCAGUUGCCUGCUCCAACCAUGUAAUCGGCUCUCAGAUGCUCUUUUUAUGUCUGAUGUUCUGUGUCAUCUAUAUUAAUUUCCUUUCUCACCUCUCUUCUGUUUGCAUCAACCAUGGCUUCAUACAUAAUGAUAUAAGUUGAGCAUGCCAUUGAUAAUGACAGUCAUUACUAAGUCAAAUAGGAAAAGGUAACGAUUCCAACCUUUUCCCCUACCCUCAUUAAUUGGUUUUAAUUUUGACAUGAGGGUUGACUUUUAAAAAGAAUGAGAAAAGUUAUGUUUCUGGAAAACCAUUACCAUUUUCUACUGUGUAAUUCAAAUGCUCAUGUUUUAUAUCAUUUUUGAGCAGUAUACAACUAUUUCAUAACUGCCAAUUUCUAUAUCUUUAGAUUUAAUACUAAUGAGCUCAAGUGAAAGGAUCAUGCGAGAGUGUUCUGCAGUGGACUUCACCUUGUGGAAGCUGGUCUGAGAUUCAGUGGAACAGUCAAAAAAAUAGGAAAAAGGGAGAAAGGAAGAAAUUUAAAAUAGUCAACAAUUGUGACAGAGAAGGGAAUAGGAAAGCUAAAGUUAAAACUAAGAUUAAUGAAUUGCAAAUCACCUGGAUCUAAUGGCCUGCAUUCUAGGGACCUAAAAUUAAGUAGCUGAAGAUCCUGGAAAGGUCCGGUGGAUAGGAAAACCACAAAGAUAACACGACCUUUUGAAGAAAAGGAGACACUGGAGAAAACUUAUAGGUUAGUUAUUCUAACAUCUCAUUGGGCAUUAGAACAACAUAAUAAGAUGAGGCAAAGUCAGCAUAGUUUUGUAGAAGAAAAUUAUAUUUAACAAAUUUAUUGGAGUUCUUUGUAAAUGUAGUAAAUAGGCUGGAUAAAGUGGAUGCAGUGCAUUAUGGUGUCCAAACCUGUAGUGUUGGGCAUGAUACAUAAGCAUGGUUAGAGGUGUGGCUGUCAGGGCACAGAGAGCUGUGAUAUGAGGAUCAUUUUCAGCUUGGCAAACUCACUAUUGUGCUACCAGGAUAGGUGCUGUGGGCACAAGUAUUUAUGAUAUAGAUUAAUUAUUAAGAUGAUAGGAUGACGCUAAUUUGGGAUUCAGUCACCAGUGCUAGCUGUGAUAUCAUCCUUAUAAAAAAUAUCUGACACAAACAAAAUUUUCUAUGCUAUGGAUAUGAUCUCCAGGUCAUCCCUUCUGGAAUUCUAUUUAUUAACCGUUGAUAAUGACAGUCAUAACUAAGUCCAAUAGGAUAAGUUAAAGUUUCCAACCUGAAACGUCAACUCCCCUCCUCCUCUGAUGCUGCUUGACCUGCUGUACUUUUUCCAGCUCCACUCUGACUCAGCACCAUGUACAGUUCUCACUAUCUCAAAGUUAGGAAUCAACAAUCAAGUUCUACCACAUAAUCAAUUACUGCAAAAUUAAUCCUGGCAAAUUUCUCAAUGUAUUCCAUCCUUUCAGUAAUAAAGUUGUCUCUUCAUCCAAAAAUUAAACAAUGAGAGUGGUCUGGAGUUUGAGGUUGUGUUCCAGUCCAUUUAGUCAUCAAUUGACCAAACCAAUGUAAAAGAUCAAGGAAAUUCAAGCGUGGGUUAUGUUUAGCGCAAAAUUAAUUUCCUUAUGUUAAUAAGUGCUAGUUUAAAGGGUAGCAUGCUGAAUGUUGAUGUCACCUAUAAAACUUUGUUACAGAUUAUAUUAAAGUGGUAUAACCUUGAGAAACAGGCAUAAUUUUAGUCAGUGUCGGUUGGAAAUGCUUCCAAUAAGUAUUCUUCUGCAAAUAUCUUCCCUCUUCGAGUCUAAACUUGAAUCUGCGGCUAUAGAGCUAUGAUUCUUAACAGGAAAGGAAAGUUUUGAUUCAUGUUCAUCUUUGCUAUUUUCAUGUGAUAGGUACAUCAUGGAAUUAUAAUUUUCACCCUCUGUUGUGGAAUUAAAUGACAAUCCAUAUCAUAUCACAGCCAAGCUUGAAAGCAUUGUUUCAACAGGGAUGUGGAUUUUCAGCUUAACUUGUAAAAUGACAGAUGUAAUUAUACUAUUCAGAAUACACAUACAAUGUAUUAGAUUGGCAGAAAAUAACUGUGAGCAUGUGUAGUGUAAAAGUUUUUAAUAUUCCAUUCAUUGUAAUCUCAAACAUUUUAAGAAAAUGUUUGUGCUUCGGGUGUUUUCAGAGUUUUGUGAGGCUUUUAAACCCAGGUGUAGAGCUGGAGGCAGUUCAGCUUGAACCAUAGGUUAUAACUGUUGUCAUGACUGCCGGAGAAUUGCUUUAUAUUGGUUGCAGUUUUGUACCAAAAAUUACAUCAACAAGAGCAUACAAAGCAAGACUUUUUGGGAACAAAAGGAAAAUUGUAUGUAAAUGCCUUUUAAAAUGAAUAAUUUUCAAUUAAUCAUAUUAAAAGAAAUGUAUUAAAGGUCUGUGAAUCUGUAGUAUUGAGGAGAGCAGAGCAAAGGUUUCAUGUUUAAUAAACAAUGCUUUGUGAAGUGGUCAUAAAUAGUACUACAAAUCUAUUUGUAUCUCUUACAAUUAAGUUGUGAAAUGGUUUACCAUAAUUUGUUUAAAUAAUUUUGCUGCAAUAUCAAUGGGUCAUCUACCAUUCUGAACACCAGAAAUCCCACGUCAGACCACAGACUAUCUUCAAUCAGAACACAGUUAGCAGAAAUCUCACAGAAGACUGAUUGCAUGAUCUUUAUCUUCUAGUCUUAUUAGUACCUCCUGUUUAAAAAAAAUUGCUAAUAAAUGACUUUUAUUUUUUCAUAGUAUUGUUCGGAAAGGAGACAAGUACUAGCGACAGGUUUAGAUCUGUUCUGAAAGCUUGCUCAGUUUUUAUGUUCUGCAUCUUUGCAACUAAAUUGAUAAUGUAUAAAGUGACUGUAGUUUAUAAAUUCUGUUUACAUAAUUGGUGUGUACUCACAUAAACACAAAAGUAUAAAUAAACCAAGAAGGAAGGUGGGCUACAGUGAAUUCACAAAAUUUGCUGUUACCUUGGUUGUUGUAUUUAACUCGCUGCAUUAACGGCAGCAUUGCAAGUUGAAAGAUAAAUUUGAUUCUCAAGACGUUUAAGCCAGUAGGGCUUAAGACUUAAGUCUAAUGAGAGCCUGUCACCCAACUGGGCUUUGCAUGUUUAUUAUGAUUGUAUUGUUCUUACCUGUCAUACCUACGUUUUAAAAGCUUUCUUUCAAAAUCUGUCCCCAUAAUCCACUGUCUCAAACUUUGAAAUAAAACUGACCAAUGAAUGGCACUGUACAUAUGCCAAGUAUAUAUGUACAAAGAUUA